GGGCCGUUCCCGCCCGCCCCUUCCCCUCCACAGGCCCGCCCCGGGGCCUGGGCCAACUGAAACCGCGGGAGGAGGAAGCGCGGAAUCAGGAACUGGCCGGGGUCGGCACCGGGCCUGAGUCGGUCCGAGGCCGUCCCAGGAGCAGCUGCCCGCGCGGGUAACUCUAGCCCUGGGGCCUGGAGGAGCGGCGGGAGCGGGGGCGCGGCAGGCAGGGGCAGAGCAGGCGUUCCGAGGGCCAGAGACCCACCCAGGACAGCACUAUGGGCUUCUCUUCUGAGCUGUGCAGCCCCCAGGGCCACGGGGUCCUGCAGCAGAUGCAGGAGGCCGAGCUUCGUCUACUGGAGGGCAUGAGAAAGUGGAUGGCCCAGCGGGUCAAGAGUGACAGGGAGUAUGCAGGACUGCUUCACCACAUGUCCCUACAGGACAGUGGGGGCCAGAGCCGUGCCAUCAGCCCUGACAGCCCCAUCAGCCAGUCCUGGGCCGAGAUCACCAGCCAAACUGAGGGCCUGAGCCGGUUGCUGCGGCAGCAUGCAGAGGAUCUGAACUCAGGGCCCCUGAGCAAGUUGAGCCUGCUCAUCCGGGAACGGCAGCAGCUUCGCAAGACCUACAGCGAGCAGUGGCAGCAGCUGCAGCAGGAGCUCACCAAGACCCACAGCCAGGACAUUGAGAAGCUGAAGAGCCAGUACCGAGCUCUGGCACGGGACAGUGCCCAAGCCAAGCGCAAGUACCAGGAGGCCAGCAAAGACAAGGACCGUGACAAGGCCAAGGACAAGUAUGUGCGCAGCCUGUGGAAGCUCUUUGCUCACCACAACCGCUAUGUGCUGGGCGUGCGGGCUGCACAGCUACACCACCAGCACCACCACCAGCUCCUGCUGCCCGGCCUGCUGCGGUCACUGCAGGACCUGCACGAGGAGAUGGCUUGCAUCCUGAAGGAGAUCCUGCAGGAAUACCUGGAGAUUAGCAGCCUGGUGCAGGAUGAGGUGGUGGCCAUUCACCGGGAGAUGGCUGCAGCUGCUGCCCGCAUCCAGCCUGAGGCUGAGUACCAAGGCUUCCUGCGACAGUAUGGGUCCGCACCUGACGUCCCACCCUGCGUCACAUUCGAUGAGUCACUGCUUGAGGAGGGUGAACCGCUGGAGCCUGGGGAGCUCCAGCUGAACGAGCUGACUGUGGAGAGCGUGCAGCACACGCUGACCUCAGUGACAGAUGAGCUGGCUGUGGCCACCGAGAUGGUGUUCAGGCGGCAGGAGAUGGUUACGCAGCUGCAACAGGAGCUCCGGAAAGAAGAGGAGAACACCCACCCCCGGGGGCGGGUGCAGCUGCUGGGCAAGAGGCAGGUGCUGCAAGAAGCACUGCAGGGGCUGCAGGUAGCGCUCUGCGGCCAGGCCAAGCUGCAGGCCCAGCAGGAGUUGCUGCAGACCAAGCUGGAGCAGCUGGGCCCCGGUGAGCCCCCGCCUGUGCUGCUCCUGCAGGAUGACCGCCACUCCACGUCGUCCUCGGAGCAGGAGCGAGAGGGGGGAAGGACGCCCACGCUGGAGAUCCUUAAGAGCCACAUCUCAGGAAUCUUCCGCCCCAAGUUCUCGCUCCCUCCACCACUGCAGCUCGUUCCGGAGGUGCAGAAGCCCCUGCAUGAACAGCUGUGGUACCACGGGGCCAUCCCGAGGGCGGAGGUGGCUGAGCUGCUGGUGCACUCUGGGGACUUCCUGGUGCGGGAGAGCCAGGGCAAGCAGGAGUACGUGCUGUCGGUGCUGUGGGAUGGUCUGCCCCGGCACUUCAUCAUCCAGUCCUUGGACAACCUGUACCGCCUGGAAGGGGAAGGCUUUCCCAGCAUUCCUUUGCUCAUCGACCACCUACUGAGCACCCAGCAGCCCCUCACCAAGAAGAGUGGUGUCGUCCUGCACAGGGCUGUGCCCAAGGACAAGUGGGUGCUGAACCAUGAGGACCUGGUGUUGGGUGAGCAGAUUGGACGGGUUCCCCAGCGAGGGGCAAACUCCCAGAGAGCCUGGGUGAGGGGUCCAAGCACGGGGGCUGAGAAAAGAAUGGGUAGGAAGCAGAGAAGAGAACUACGGGACUGGGAAGGCCGUGGUAGGAGCCCAAGACCGUUUCAGGGGAACUUUGGCGAAGUGUUCAGCGGACGCCUGCGAGCCGACAACACCCUGGUGGCGGUGAAGUCUUGUCGGGAGACGCUCCCACCUGACCUCAAGGCCAAGUUUCUACAGGAAGCGAGGAUCCUGAAGCAGUACAGCCACCCCAACAUCGUGCGUCUCAUUGGCGUCUGCACCCAGAAGCAGCCCAUCUACAUCGUCAUGGAGCUUGUGCAGGGGGGCGACUUCCUGACCUUCCUCCGCACGGAGGGGGCCCGCCUGCGGGUGAAGACUCUGCUGCAGAUGGUGGGGGAUGCAGCUGCUGGCAUGGAGUACCUGGAGAGCAAGUGCUGCAUCCACCGGGACCUGGCUGCUCGGAACUGCCUGGUGACAGAGAAGAAUGUCCUGAAGAUCAGUGACUUUGGGAUGUCCCGAGAGGAAGCUGAUGGGGUCUAUGCAGCCUCAGGGGGCCUCAGACAAGUCCCCGUGAAGUGGACCGCACCUGAGGCCCUUAACUACGGCCGCUACUCCUCCGAAAGCGACGUGUGGAGCUUUGGCAUCUUGCUCUGGGAGACCUUCAGCCUGGGGGCCUCCCCCUAUCCCAACCUCAGCAAUCAGCAGACACGGGAGUUCGUGGAGAAGGGGGGCCGUCUGCCCUGCCCAGAGCUGUGUCCUGAUGCCGUGUUCAGGCUCAUGGAGCAGUGCUGGGUCUAUGAGCCUGGGCAGCGGCCCAGCUUCAGCACCAUCUACCAGGAGCUGCAGAGCAUCCGAAAGCGGCAUCGGUGAGGCUGGGACCCCCUUCUCAAGCUGGUGGCCUCUGCAGGCCUAGGUGCAGCUCCUCAGUGGCUCCAGCUCAUAUGCUGACAGCUCUUCACAGUCCUGGACUCCUGCCACCAGCAUCCACACUGCCAGCAGGAUGCAGCGCCGUGUCUUCUCUGUGUCCCUGCUGCUGCCAGGGCUUCCUCUUCCGGGCAAAAACAAUAAAACCACUUGUGCCCACUGAA